AUGUCUGCUUCAGUCCACUCGGGUAGUUUGCACUCCUCAGGGACGAACUCACCGAAGAGUGCGUCUCCUCCACGUACCUCUUCCUGGCCCAGUCCUACUUCGUCUAUGAACGGACCUGACCCAGCCGUCAUGGUUGGGUACAGCUGUCGUGUUGCUGGAGCGGACCGCCCAAGUAAGCUGUGGGACAAUAUCAAUGCGCAAGUCGAUAUGCGCAAGGAGAUCCCCUCCGAUCGAUUCAACAUCAAUACAUUCUACCAUCCGGAUGGCACUCACAAGGGCACUACCAAUUGCAAGUAUGGGUAUUUCCUCGACCAGGACAUCGGGAUGUUCGACCGCAGCUUUUUUCGGAUCUCGCCCAAGGAGGCCGAGGCAAUGGACCCACAGCAAAGACUGCUGCUCGAAGUCAUCUACGAAGCAUUGGAGGAUGCCAGAAUCCCACUGGAGGAUAUCUGGGGCACCCGUACCUCAGUCUUCUGCGGCUCAUUCACCAAUGACUACAAUGCCAUGACCACGAAGGACCUGGAAUACUAUCCAAAGUACACCGUGACUGGGACGGGCAAUGCAAUCCUCGCCAACCGCAUCUCCUACCUCUUUAACCUCCAGGGACCGAGCGUCACCAUCGACACAGCGUGCUCCUCCUCUCUAGUGUCGUUCCACCUCGGUGCAGAGACCAUACGCAAUGGCGAGAGUGAUAUAUCGAUCAUCGCUGGAUCUGCGUUACACUUCGACCCAAAUAUCUUUAUAACAAUGACUGACCUUGGCAUGUUGUCACCAGAAGGACGGUGUCGUGCUUUUGAUGCCCGCGGCCACGGAUAUGUUCGCGGUGAAGGUAUCUGCGCCGUUGUACUCAAGCGUCAAAGCCAGGCAGAGCUGAAUGGUGAUCGCAUCCAUGCCGUGGUGCGUGCGUCGUCCAUCAACCAUGAUGGUACUAAGUCUGGUAUUACACUUCCUUCGAGCACUAGCCAGGAGGCCCUGAUCCGAGCCACGUACGCGAAAGCCGGCCUCGACCCAGCGCAUACUCCGUAUGUUGAAGCUCAUGGCACUGGCACUGCUCGUGGUGACCCAGCCGAAAUGAGAGCUGUGCAAGCUGUCUUUAGCCCCGUGCAUCGCAAAGAUUCACUGUUGGUAGGCUCUGUAAAAACAAAUAUCGGACACACCGAGGGAGCGUCAGGCCUUGCGGGUAUCAUCAAAUCCGCCAUGGCGUUGAAACACGGAAUAAUACCCCCCAAUAUGCUCUUCAAGUACCCAAACCCCGAGAUAAAGUUCGAGGAGUGGAAGGUUCAGGUGCCCACGGAAGCUACCGACUUUCCCAACUGCCCAGAUGGCACACGGCGUGCUAGUGUUAAUUCCUUUGGCUAUGGAGGAGCGAAUGCUCACGUUAUUCUGGAAGCUUAUCAGCCCAUGCCGAUGCUGACCCCUCCCCCAGUUCUCCCGGAUACCUUUCUGUCGGCCGUCAAAAACCGCCCAUUUUUAAUCCCCCUCACUUCACACACGGAGAAGGCAGGCAGCAUCUGGGCCGACAAGUUGGGCAGCUACGUGAAGGAGCAAGCGGGUAAUGUAGCGGACCUGGCACGUACCCUCUCUUCGCGCCGCUCGCUCCACGCAUACCGCUCGUUUGUUGUAGCCAAGUCUUGGACAGCAAUCUCUGAGCAGCUUAAAGGCCCGGCACCAUGGACAAAGGCUGCUGAGACACCUCGCCCGAGAUUGGGAUUCGUCUUUACAGGACAGGGUGCACAAAUACUGCACGCUUUGCCAGAUGGGCCAGGAUGGUCAAUUAUUGAAGAGCUUUCUCGCACUGAGGAGCAUUCGCGAUUGACUGAGACCCGUCUUUCGCAGCCCAUCUGCACGGCACUCCAGUUGGCUAUCGUUGACCUCCUGCGCAGUUGGGGGAUUGAGCCGACCUCCGCUGUUGGUCACUCGUCGGGUGAAAUUGGUAGUGCAUAUGCAACGGGUAUCUUAUCAUUUGACAACGCACUGUAUGCCGCCUACUACCGAGGUUUGCAUAUGUCCAGUGGAGGAAGAGGAUGUGCAAGUAUUCAUGGGGCCAUGUUGGCUGUGGGGCGUGGACCAACGGAAUUGACCAAGGAGCUGAAGGCAUAUGAAGGCCAGAUCAGCCUUGCAGCGGUCAACAGUCCGUCUAGUGUCACCCUUUCUGGGGAUGCGUCAGCCAUCGACGCGCUACAGACUCAGCUAGAAGAGCAAAGGGUAUUCACGCGGCGGCUCCAGGUGGCCCAGGCUUUCCAUUCCCACCAUAUGUACCCUCUAGCACCGGCUUAUACUGAAGCGCUUAAGAACUGUUCGGGCUUCAACGCCAGUGACUCAAAGGCACGGAUGUUCUCCAGUGUCACCGGGCGUCUCGCAGAUCCUAGCCGGAUGGGCCCUGAAUACUGGGCUGCGAACAUGACCGGCUGUGUUCGUUUCUGGGAUGCUCUAGUGGGCAUUCUGAUAGAUGAAGAAGAGGAGCAAAAUGUGGAUAUCUUGGUGGAGAUCGGUCCACAUCCAGCAUUGCGCGGCCCUUGUCGACAGAUCAUGAAAUCUCUUAAUAUGGACCUACCUUACCUGGGAUCGUUGGCACGUCAGACGGCGGACUUUGACGCCCUGUUGACGUUGGCCGGACAGCUCUUCCAGCACGGAUAUCCAGUGGAUCUGGAUGCGGUCAACAGCGACCACUUCCUUGUUGAGCCAGAUAUCCCCUGCCAGGCACCAAGCGGCAAAUUCCUGGAGGAUAUUCCCACAUAUGCUUGGGACCAUGAGCGUUACUGGGCGGAAACCCGGCUGAUCCGCGAGCACCGGCUGCGGCCUCACCGACAUACCUUGCUGGGCGCUAAGCUGCCGGGCUGUGUGGAGCAGCGGCCAAUUUGGCGCAAUUACCUUCGCAUUAAGGAUCUGCCCUGGCUAGCUGACCAUGUCGUGGAUGGGAAGAUUCUCUUUCCCGCGGCUGGUUAUAUCAGUAUGGCGAUUGAAGCCAUGUGCAAUGCGGCUGACAUCGGUGCUACCCCUGACAGUAGUGUCCUACUCCGCAACAUCACCAUUAGAUCCGCCCUAGUUCUGGACGACAGUGAUAUGGGAACGGAGGUUCUUGCAGAGCUGCAUGCCCCUAUGACCUCAGCAAAAUCCCGCUCUGCGACGUGGUACGAAUUCACAAUCUUCUCGUAUCAGGCCCAGCAAGGGUGCGUUGAGCACUGCACUGGCCAGGUCUGCUUUGGCGACGAGCCACAGGAAUCGAAUGCCUACGAUAGUGUUCAGCAGCUCCUAAGCAAGAGCACUAGCAGCGCUCCAGCUAGUACAUACUACCGUCAUCUGACGGAGUUUGGAUUGGCGUACGGCCAUUCAUUUCAGCUUCUUUCCGGUCUUAUUGAAUCGGGGCCCGGAUUUGCAGUCGGAACGCUGGCAUUUGAGCCGUUACAAUAUGCCACUCAAGCGGCUGGUGUCACUGUAGCACAUCCUACCUUGCUUGACGCCUCCUUUCACACGAUCUUCCCGGCGAUGGAAGCAACAUUGCAACGGCCCCUCGAUGAAGCAUCGGUGCCUACAUUCGUGCGGUCUGUUCGAGUUCAUCCAGCCAUGUUUGCGGUCAAGGAUGCAACUGACACUCAACGGGUAACCACUCGUACCUAUACCACUCCCACUGGUCCCCGCACCGCCACGAGUGAUCUUCUCAUCACUUCUGAUAUGGGUCAGGAAUUAUUGACCUUUAAGGGUCUACAAGUGACGUCCCUAGGGCAAUCGAGUGCAGGUGAGAGCAACCGCUCGCUGUUCUUCCGAACACGAUGGCAGCCGGCCUUUGACAGCCUACCGGCAAGCUCGCCAGCCCUACACCAGGAGAAUAUCUCCAAGUUAGUGGAUAUAUAUACCCACCAGCACCCUAAUACCAAGAUAUUACACUUCACCGACAGUCUGGACCGUACACAUGAAGUGCUCCGUCACAUCGGAGGUGGAGCCAACCAACGACGGGCGUUUGACACCAUCACCCCGGUGGGACCUAAUGUUUUGUCAGUAGACGACAUUGAAACCUUGAAAGGUAAACGGCCGGGAAGGGUGGUGCUCGGAGAAAUGGAGCCAGACAAAUAUGACCUAGUUAUUGUUAGCCGGUCAGAACAGGAUCCCAGCCAUUGGGUGAAAGAGCACGGCUAUAUCAUUGCCGAUGGCUGCCAGAUCAACGAGCCAGGGCUCAAUCUUGUCGCUCAGGGCAAUGGGGUUGGGGUUUGGAAGAAGCAGCGGACUAAUCCCGUUGCCCGAGCAGAAGACUAUUCAGUAGCUCUUGUGAUGCCCGAGAGACCGUCUAGCAGGACGUUGCAGAUUGCCGCCCGUAUUGAAGAAGCUAUUGAGAGUUACCCAACACAGCGCCUCACUCUACGGGAUUUGGCCUACCAGACAACCAUACCAGCACAGGAUAUCAUUGUUCUGACCAGUUUAGACGAGACCGUCCUCGAUCCUGCUGCUCAGGAUCCUGCUCAAUUUGAGGCAAUAAGGACCCUCGUCAUCCAGACCAAGUUGAACAUUGUUUGGCUCCUCGAAGGCACGACGCAUGGACCGUCAAAACCUUUAAACGGCAUGCUUGUUGGGCUGAUGCGAGUGGCAAAGUCCGAGAAUCCGGACACCCGUCUCGUCUCAUUCGAUAUAACACCGGGGCAAGCCGCCAACACAAUUGCCGCAGGCGUCACUCGCGCUUUAGACUCAGGAAGCGGGGAAGACGAAUUUUCGCUGCGGGAUGGUGUCCUCUAUAUUCCUCGGUUGGAAAAUGACGACAGCUUAAACUGCAAACUGAGUAAUGGUGCCGGCUCGGGCGCGAAGAUGGAGAACAUCACCAGCGAGAGACCCAUUCGCCUCACCGUUGGCCAGGUGGGAUUGGUUGACAGCCUCGUAUGGGAGGAUGAUCCUGAAAUUCUUGACAGCGAGCUGGCGCCUGGUGAUCUAGAAAUCGAGGUCUGCGCGUCAGCUCUUAACUUUCGCGAUGUUGCGGUAACAAUGGGUAUUAUUGACGAUUAUACGCUGGGUGAUGAGUGCGCCGGCGUGGUCCUACGGACUGGAAAGGAUGUGAACCCCUCAGACUUCAAGCCAGGGGAUCGCGUGAUUGCCCUCAGACCCGGGCUGGGGGCGCACCGCUCUGUUGUCCGCAAUCCCGCCUACCACUGUGCUCGGCUGGGUGAGAUGCCCUUCGAUCAGGCGGUCUCUCUUGGUUUAAUCCUAUUGACAGCCUACUAUUCUUUGAACGAUGUUGCUCGUUUGAAGGAAGGGGAGUCUGUCCUGAUCCAUGGUGCCGCUGGUGGUGUCGGUCAGAUGGCUGUCCAGGUCGCCCAGCUGUAUGGCGCGAAGGUCAUUGCCACGGUAGGAUCCCAGGCGAAACGAGACCUACUGCGCAGUCGAUAUGAAAUCCCGGACGAGCGAAUCUUUUCUUCACGUGAUGCCAGCUUUGUUGAAGGUGUUAUGCGCUUGACGGAGGGCAGAGGUGUGGAUGUUGUUCUCAACAGUUUAUCUGGAAAGCUCCUCCACGCAUCCUGGAACAUCAUUGCACCGUUCGGUCGAUUUAUCGAGAUAGGAAAACGUGAUAUUCACGAGAACUCCACUCUCCAGAUGGAGCCAUUCCGUCGAAAUGUGCUAUUUGCGUCGGUCGAUCUAAUCACUGUUUUUGCGAAGAACCCGGCCUUAGGAGCUCGACUCUUGCAAGAGUGCUAUCAACUGGUCCACUAUGGUAAAAUCCAGCUCCCAGAGACUGUCCAUACUCUGCCCUGGUCCAAGGCUAUUGACGGAUUUCGGAUGCUCCAGAUGGGCAAGCACAUCGGAAAAGUUGUGUUCGAGCGACGUGAAGGUGACUUGGUUCCGGUGAGAGUGUCGUCCCUUAGGAACAACACAAAUCGCCUUCAUUCAGAUAAGACAUACCUACUGGUCGGUGGCCUUGGAGGCCUUGGGCGGGCCUUAGCAGAGUGGCUCUAUACAAAAGGAGCGAGAAGGCUGGCGUUCCUCUCCAGAUCCGGAGCUGCUCGUGGCGAGGCCCGGGCUACCGUGCAGUGGUUACAAUCCCAUGGUGUUGAGGUUACUGUGUUCUGCGGCGAUGUGACAGAUUACGGCGACGUAGAGACAUGUAUCCAGGGAUUAUCCAAUCUCGGGGGUGUCUUCCAAGCCGCCAUGGUUCUUCAGGAUGCACCACUGGAACGUAUGACCCUGCACCAGUGGCAACAAUGCACGAGACCGAAAGUAGUCGGAACCCACAAUCUCCACCUCGCAACUGAGGGAAAGGAUUUGGACUUCUUCGUCUGCUUCUCGUCGGCUUCGGCAUGCUAUGGAUCCAAGGGGCAGGGUAACUACUCUGCCGCAAACAUGUAUCUCGACACAUUGAUGCGCCAUCGUCGAGAAUUGGGGCUUCCUGGUUCGACCAUGAAUUGUGGGCGCAUCUCUGGUGUUGGUGUAGUGGCAGAAGACACGGCACUGGAGAGACUUAUGGACCAACAAGGGUACGAUCCAGUCAACAAGCAUGAGCUAUUGUCUCAGAUAGAAGAAGCUGUCUUUUCCGAUCAAAGAACGAUUAUCUCGGAUCGCGGUAUCGACGCGUUUCAGACCAUCACUGGUAUCUCCCUGAGGCAGAAGGACAGAUACUGGAUCGGCAAGCCUCUGUUCCAGAAUUUGUACAAAAACCAUGACCAGAGUGAUGACGGCGCUGCGCAGCCUGGGGAGGUCAAUCUUCCUAGCCUCCUUCGGCAACUGCCAGAUGACAACAGAAGAGCAGAAGCCCUGCUUGAGCGGUUCAUCGGAAGACUGGUUGUCGUGUUAGGUCUGUCGGCCGAAAACAUCGACACCAGCAAUCCUCUGUCUCUCUAUGGUCUGGAUUCUUUGGUGGGCAUCGAGCUACGAAACUGGUUCAAUAAAUCUGUUGGGGUUGAUAUCGCACUGUUCGAUGUCGUUGGAGCCAGUUCCAUCAAGGCUCUGAUUGACCAGGCUGUUGCCAUAUUCAGCACCCAGGCUGCAGCGACGCAGUCAAGUGCGAGUGCAGAUCCAACAGCCGACAUAACUGGUGGCAGCUCUGGCCUUUCCAAUGCUACUAGCACCCAAUCCAAAGCCAGUUCGUCCCCACUUGCUGCUAUUCCCAAGGUAGACCCGCUGGUACCUCUACCGCUCUCGGCAUAUCAGAAACGCUUGUGGUUUACGCACUGCUUUGCUGCGGACAAGUCUGUGCUCAACCUAGCUGUUCUGGUAGACAUCACCGGUCAACCAGAUGAGCAAUGCAUGCAGCAGGCCUUGCAUGAGAUGAAGCGCCGACAUCCUAUCUUGCAAACACGCUAUUAUGAGGGAGAUGAACAUGCGGAGCAGUGUAUGGUCGAGACUUCUGAUACAAAAAUCGUGUUCGAAGACCUGUCUCAAGCAGCAAACCCACGGGAUGCUUUGAACACCCUUAUCACUAGUCUACAGAGGAAAGAGCUCGAUAUCGAAGCUGGUGAAGUCAUGGACGUCACAGUAGCAAAGCUAUCAGCCAGCGAGUUUGUGAUGAUCAACAUUUUGCAUCACAUUGCGACAGAUCACGCAUGCACACGCCCACUGCUCGCACAGUUCACAGCGUUGUAUAAUGCGAUCCGCGAGCAGAGAGACCUUGCCACGGUUCCACUUCCCACGGUCACAUAUGCCGACUUCACUAGUUGGCACCAUCACCACCUCACCUCCGCGUCGAUGUCCCCCCACAUACAGUAUUGGAAGGAGACUCUUGCCGACAUGCCCACGUGCUCGAAGCUAUUGCCUUUUGCCAAAGCUGAUCGGAUGCAGGGUGAUCAGUAUGCCAGAGCGAGCCACACCGGCUCGAUAGAUUCCAAGCUGCUCAAGCGCAUGAAACGGAUCUGCGCGCAGUCCGGUACCAAUGCGUUUCACUUCCUACUCAGCGCGUUCAGGGCGUUCCUCUACCGGUAUACCGAGGAGACAGAUCUAACCAUUGUGAUCUUUGACGGCAGUCGCCCCCAUGCAGAGGUCAGCGACACCCAGGGUUUCUUCGUCAACAACAUCCCCAUCCGGUGUCGCGGAUUGCUGGACGGCGCUUUCGAAACUCUUCUCAAGGCUACGGCGUCCUGUACUUUGGAAGCAAUGACGCACAAUGCAGUACCGUUCGAUGUCAUUGUCAGCGAAACGAAUGCACCCAGAAGCACCAACCAUUUCCCAAUUGGGCAAGUGUCAGUUAACUACCGCAUGCCAGAAGAAGCUGGGUCAUUCCGCACGCAGGACUUCGUGAUGCGACCGAAUGGGCUACGCAAUAUCCCGACCCCGUUCGAUCUCCAACUAGACGCGCAAGAAGGAACUGAUAAGCAGCUGGAGCUAUCUCUAGAGUUUUCCACCACCCUAUACGCUGCGGAUGAUGUCGCUCGGUUCUUCGACAAUUUCCUGGCCUUCAUGACAAGCCUCAUUCGGGAUCAUCGGCAGCCCAUUGAAGAGGUCCCACUCUGCGGUUCAUUGGAAAGACAACGGUUGGAAUCUGGGUUUUGGAAUAUCGAUCUUCACCAUAAUUCUUGGAGGGAUGACAGUAUUUCUUCCCGAAUUCUUGAAAGGGCACAGGCUCACCCCGACGGCAUUGCCAUUAGGACAUCUGAAGGAGAUGCCGUCACCUAUGGAGAACUGGCCACGCGUGCCCGUUGCGUGGCAUUCUCUCUCCAAGCUGCUCGAGUAUCUCCUGGUCAAUUUAUUGGAGUUCUGACCCACCCUGGAGUUGAUACAGUGACGGCAAUGCUCGGAAUUCUAUUCAACCGCUGCGGCUAUGUGCCCAUGGACCCGACAAUGCCGCUAGAUCGGCUGGCAUUUAUCGCAGCUGACUCCGGGAUCAAUGUCGUCCUCUUCGAUCCAGCAUCUACGGAGCUUGCGGCAGGGAUCCAGUCCAAUACUGUGAGGAAAUUCCAGGUAAUGAGUAUUGAGGAAGCAGCAUGCACCCCAAAUGAAGCCAGGGUGCAACCCCAGCUCCCCACGGACCCAUGCUACAUGAUUUAUACCUCUGGAAGCACGGGACGCCCUAAGGGCGUUGUACUCUCCCAUGAGAGCGUCUUUGAAAUGCUAGCAGCCAUGCAUGACAAGUUUGAGUUUACCACGUCUGAUCGGUUUUUGCAAAACGUUUCUCCGGCAUUUGACCUCUCCGUUGUCCAGAUAUUCUCGGCCCUGACGGCAGGCGCCCGACUCUGCAUCGCUAGCCAACGCACACGGAAAGACCCGAUUGCCCUCGGCGAUUUUAUGCGCAGCGAAUCCAUAUCGGUAACGUACUUCACACCCAGCUUACUAGCUCUGGUUAUAGAGCACAAUCCGGAUGCUCUUCGUACCUGUUCACACUAUCGAACUUGCCUGUGCGCCGGCGAGUGGCUACCAACCCGUGUCGCAAGGGCCUUCCAUGACUCAGGCUGCCUGGCGACCUUGUACAAUGGCUGGGGGCCUACAGAGACGGUCGUGCAAACGACCUUCCAUCAGGUCACUUGGCCGGAGGAUGAUCAGCACAAUAUCCCAAUCGGACAUGCCAUCGGUAACAAUCGUCAUUAUGUCGUUGAUCCCGCCAUGAACCCGCUGCCGCCAGGCUUCACUGGAGAGAUAUGCAUUGGAGGGCCUCAGGUCGCGCUCGGAUACCGCAACCGGCCUGAUGACAACAAGAAAGAAUUUUGCAGCAAUCCAUUUGCCUUGCCCAGUGACCACGACAAGGGAUGGACCCGUCUAUGCCGGACUGGUGACAGGGGACGUUUUCUACCCGAUGGCCAGCUCCAAUUUAUCGAACGCAUCUCCGGUGACAAGCAGAUUAAGCUACGCGGUUACCGCAUUGACUUAGGGGAGGUGGAGCAUGUCCUUCACGAAGCCUCUCAGACGCCCCAGGGGCAGGGGCUGGCAAACCUUGCUGUAGUGGCUCGCACGAUCGGGGAGCAUAGCUCAUCCUUGACGGAUGAUCGUCUGCUGAUUGCAUUCGUAACGACAAAACAGCGUGUACCACUGCCGGAACAAGGACAGUACUCUUGGUACCUGAAUUCGACUUCGCAAGGUCUCCUGCCCGAGUACAUGAUCCCAAGUGCGUAUGUGUUUCUCGACGCUCUGCCAAUCACUAGCAAUGGCAAAGUCGAUCGGAAGCUCCUCGCCAAGUGCGACAUGAAUCCUACAUUCCCUUCCAAUCCCGCACCAGCAGCCGCCGAUGGAGGAACAGGUCAGGUAUCCAGAGAGCAGGAACAUCAAGAUGCCAUGGCGGCCGUCAUUCAGACCUGGAAGGAUAUUCUCAAGGUUGAUCGACCUAUUCUUCCUACGGAUGAUUUCUUUGAGCUGGGGGGUCAAAGCAUUCUUCUCAUGCGGGUUCAGUCAAAGUUACGACGCACAUUCGGGGUUUCUCUUUCUCUGCCGGAAAUGAUCCGCACGCCCACUCCGUCGCAUAUCGCGGGUCUUCUCACAAGCCAUUCGCGGCGCCCACAACUGAUUAGCAGUGCGUCCGCUCCUGUGGAGGAUGUGAGUUGGGCGGAGGAGUGUAGAUUGCCGGAUGAGGAGCAGUACAUGAUUCCGUUGGGAUGCCGCCGGCCUCUUCGAUCCUCCAUCACAGACAUUUUGUUAACAGGCUCGGAAAGCUUCAAUGGCAUCCACAUGCUUGCUCACUUGCUUCUCCAAGAUUCCCAUACCACGAUUCAUGUCAUCGGCACGCACUCCCCGCUCACCCACAGCCAGCUCAUCGCCUCUUUAUGUGACCAUGGUCUCCUCCAUCAUACGAUAGCUAUUGAGCAGGUUUCUUCUCGUGUUCACUGUGUGUCCGGCUCCCUCUCAGAGGCAUACUUGGGACUUUCUCACCAGAGCUUUCAGGCCCUGGCGCGAAGGGUCCAGAGUAUUUAUCACUUAGCCUCUGAAGUAUCGCUGCUGAAAACGUACCAGCGCCUUAAGCGGAUAAACACCACGUCUGCACUGACCCUGAUUGAGUUAGCCCGGAGCGGCGGGCACUGCAGUGAGAUCCACUAUCUCUCUACGUGGAGCGUACCGCAUUUGCAGUCGUGGAAUCAGACGAAACGCUCACGGCCCGAGAUCGAUGUGGGUGAAACCGCCAUGGGCCACUUUACGCCGCCCCCAACCAACCAAUCCGGCUAUUUCCAAUCCCGCUGGGUCACUGAGAUGCUUUUCACCGAAGCCUCCAAACGUGGCUUUCCUGUCACCAUUUACCGAUCCUCCGCUGUGACUGAGGCCGCACAUACGGGCGUUCCCGCACCUAAGGACGACUUGGUUCGUGCUCUUCUCGUCGAUAUGCUCCGUCAUCGGGCAAUCCCGAAGACAAACGCCACUACCAACCCCUUCGUCCUUGAUUUCAUCCCGGUGGAUUAUCUUGUUCAAGCACUCGGCUACAUUUCCCGCUCUGAGGAGGGUGAUCGGGCAUCGGGGCUACAGGUCUAUCACCUUGUCAACCCGUCACCCCUUCCGCUGGAUGAACUACCCCGUUUGAUGGGGAAGAUUACCGGCGACGGGAUCACCGGCCGCAAGGUGGACUUGAACCAGUGGCUAGAGAUCGUUGGCACGGGAGCUGACGAACAGGAGCAGCUCCGCUUGGAGACUCUAAAAUCAUAUUUUAAGCUAGGGCACAAUAUGUUCCAGCUGGCGCGCACCAACACCGAUGCCGUCUUGAAGCGAAAUCAAUUUAUCAAAUGCCCUGCAGUCAACGAGAAGUACCUUUCGCAUCUAUGGAAGACUAAUAGUGUACGCUCAGCGAUGCCGUUGAACUGA